AUGGUCACUUACAAACUUUACAGUAAGCAAAUCAAUAAGCAGGUACGAAUUGAAGCUGUGUAUGAGAAUUAUCCUGUGAUAGCUGGAACUGAUGAGCUAUCAAUACUUGUUAGGUUUAAGUAUACUGGAAAGCGAGAUGUUUUGGGUGAUGGAAAGUAUCGAAUACCUAGGACCGGUGAUGGUAGCAAUACGAUGACUGGUAGCAGUGGGGCGGAUGGUAGCAAUGAGGUGGCUGGUUCCAUUGAUGCUACUGGUUCUAAUGAGGCAGAUGGGGCCAGUGCGGCAGAUGGGGCCAAUGGGGCCAAUGGUGCCUCCAGUGCGACCAGUGAUGUCUCCAGCGAGACAGGAGCUGACAAAAAUUCCUCGACUCUUGCGACUUCCUCCUGGGGAAGACUAUCCAUGCAGCUCAGUAAUGCAACCAGGUCUUUGUUUCUCGCCCAAUCAAACAGUAUUGAUGAGAAUACAAAGCAAGAAGAGGAACAGGAAGAAGACUUCACCAUGUAUUUGGGAUAUAGCCAGGUGUUGGGUUAUUACACGGUGAACGAUAAAAUUGUUGAUUUCAAGAUCUUUGAACAGUUGCAAAAAAGUACCAUCAUUGGAGGAAAGUUCGCAGGUAUAGAUACGUUAAAUGCAAAUGUAGAAGUGUCUCGGAAGGGCGGAUUUGUUGGUCAAUUAUCCACGUUACUUUCGACGGAUAUAAAUGCUUUUGGGAGGAAUAUAGCUGCUGAUAUUCAUAUGAUUCCCUUCUACAGUACAACGCAGUCGAUAAUGUUCAGUGAAAUGAAAUUUCAGGCCAAAUCUGGCAAUCCAUCCGCUGAAAGUCGAAGUUUCUACUUAAACUACAAGCUACCAAAAGAUUUACCUCCUUGCUUCCAGUCAGUGGCUGGUAGCAUCUGUUAUCAGCUCGUAUUGGGAUACCAGGUAUUAGAGGAUGGUGUUUUCGUUCAAAAGACAAUUAUGAUUCCGCUAAAAAUACAGCCAAAUGUGGAUAAAUUUGGCAGGCAGCCCUUGUUUCAUCUUGAGAAGGUCCGACUCAAUGUGAAUUCAGAAAAACUAGUAACUUCGAUCUCAAAGGAGGUUUCUGGGAUGCAUUCUCGGCAUGGAAGCGCGGGAAGACUAAGCUUCAAGAAUAUGAGAAGUUAUGCUGGAAGUAUCGGUACGAGUGGUCACAGAAGUUCAGCGGUCAGCUUUGAUAUGAUGAAAAGGGAAAUAGGCUUAAAGGGAAGAGUUAUGAGCGAUGGACUAGGAAGUUCGUGGAACAGGAGGUUUCUUGAAUUGAUGCAGGAAUUGGAUAAAUCCAGACUUAAUGAGGUGAACAAAGUUCAGGAGAAGUUUGAUGCCGAGAUGAACCAAAAUAAAGUUCUCAAUUAUAAUGCACGAGAGAGUUUGAUUCAUAUAAUGGCCGAUUAUAAGAGCGUUCAAAGAGAGACUUUUGAUCCUCUGUUGGAUGAGGAAGAAGGUAUCGAUUACAUAUCUAUGGUUCCACAAAGCGAACAAACAAAAUACCUUAUCAAGCAGAAUCAUCUGGAAAUUGGUACGUUAGAGAUGGACAAAUCUGUAUUCAAAGUGGGCGAUCCGAUUAACCUUUCAAUAGAUUUUCAAGAGAGUGAUAUCGAAACGAAAGGGUUGGAAAUUCAGCUUAUUCGAUCCCAGAUUUUCUAUAGAGAGGAGUAUUUGAAAAGGGGUACAUACGGUGAAGUUUACGAGGGACUCAGCAGCGAGCGUAGCUUGGAGACGGUAAUAUACGAAAAGUUGACGAGCACAUUUGACAGUCGAAUGGUAAAUGAUGACUUGUUGAUUCCACUGGAAACAGAGCCCCAAUUUAAAACGAACUACUUUGAUGUCCGUUAUUUUAUUCAGGUUCGAUUUGUGCUCCUUGAUCAAUAUGGAGUACUUAAAAGAAGAAAGGAGGCUAAGGCCAAAAGUGCCGGGGCAGACACUGAGGAUGGUGCUCUUCUUGAGGAUCUUGAAAAUCUCUCUGUGAAACCACCCAGAAAAUUGUUCGACUUACAUGAGAUCUUUAUGGAUAAGACAGGAUCGAUGCUUUUCAAGGCUAAAGAAGAUUUUGAAAGCGGUUAUGAAUUUACGGUACGGAUACCCAUAGUGGUGCUUCCUAAUUAUGAGCAAGAUUUUGGAAGUAUAAUUGAGCUAUAA